AUGUCUGCCAAUAGCAAGUCAAAACCGCCGGCAUUGGACCUUGGCAAGCAGUCCAAGGCGGAGCUGGAGAAAAUCGCAUACCACAUCGUGUCGCCCGGUCUGCCGCCACUCAGUGACAGAAACAAGAGCCGGGUCCGCCAAAGCAAAUCCAUCGAGGCACAACAGAAACGUCUGAUCAAUGAGCGUGCCGGCAGCAAGAGCCCUGCAGAAGUGAAGAAAUCACCCGGUAUAGGUGUCGGUAAGGACAUUCCGCGCUUGAAAAGAGCCAAGCCGCCUCCCCCAUUGAAUAUCCGCCACGGCCCAUUGCGACACGGUCUGGCCAUGAGAUCGGCACCAUUGCGAGGGCACCGUGUGCUGAUGCGGCCAUAUCCUGCGCCACAGCCUCUCUACACUUCUCCCCAUGGAUACUAUCCUUAUCCUCCUGCCUAUCCUCCUGCCUAUCCUCCCUCUUAUCCACUUGCCUAUCCCCCUGCCGUGUACCCGUCGCCGCCCCUGGUGCGAUAUCAUCAGGUGAGCAUGGACAACGGAGAGUACGUUGUGGUGAAGACGCCGCGUUCUGACGACGACCCGAUGCGAGACGAGGUGGACGAGGAAAAGGACGCAGAGUCGUCGCUCGACGACGACGUCGAGAGCCGCGCAAUUGAGGACGGAGCCGUGCCCAGCGAGAUUGCGUCUGAUCCACCGAUGGAUGCGCCCGUCGCACUGGUCUCGGGCGACCUGCGACUAGGUUCCGAGGUCUACACGUACGAGGUGCCCGUGCACGAAAAAACAAGCGAUUUCCGCAAACAUUUCCUGCGCCUGGCAGGAGCCAUUUUCGACGACUAUAUAGCCAGGGCUGGAGAUUGA